AUGAUCAGGAGAACUGAAGGGGUCCGAAAUCUUGCACGCAUGGUGGCAUUACUGCUUCCAUGGCUGCUGGAUCAUGGCUCGGAGCACUUAUCUUGGGAUUCUUCUUUGACCGUAUGUGUUGGAAAACGGCUAUUCAAGCGGGGGCUAUUGUCUGCACAUCAUGAGAGGAGUAGUGACGCAAAGACGGAGUUAUCGAGACCUGCUCAGCACUGA